AAGAUGCUCUCUGAGCCUGUGUGCUGAGUGUUCUGGUGGCUGCGUCUGUGAGACGUCGGAGUGGGCUGUAGAAAAGAGUCCAUGGCUGUGCAGAUGUUACACGGAGUAGAGGAUCUCGUGGCAUCCAGCAGCCAGUUCAUCUGGAGUCUGGCGCAUCAGACCUGGAGGAGGUGGUACCAUCGUAGGCUGAUGCCGUGCCGUCGCUUCCUAGAAACCUGGCUCCGGAUUGGGAAAUGCUAUCAGAUGACAGAGGGCCGGAUGUCCCAGGUGAACCUACUGGACGGACGGAAGCUGGAGCUACUGGUUCAGCCCAAACUUUUGUCCCGUGAACUGCUGGACUUGGCUGCAUCACACUUCACCCUUAAAGAGAAGGAGUAUUUUGGACUGAGCUACAUAGAUGACACAGGACAAAAUAACUGGCUUCAGCUUGAUCGCAAGGUUCUUGAUCACAAUUUCUCCAAAAGUUCUGGUCCUUUGGAGCUGAAAUUUCUUGUUCGGUUUUACAUCGAGAAGAUCGUCUAUUUGAAAGAGAACACCACAGUGGAGCUUUUCUUCCUGAAUGCCAAGUCUUUGGUGUUCAGCGAGAGUAUCGAGGUGGAGAGCGGACACGUUUUCAAACUCGCUGCUUUCGCAUUGCAGGAAGCCAAGGGAGACUUCUCCUGCACUGAAACUGCCAGAUCAGACCUGAAGCAACUCCCUGUUCUUCCCACACGAGUUCUCAGAGAGCACCCCUCUCUCAAUUUCUGCGAGGACAAAGUGAUUGAGCACUACAAGAAGCUGAACGGAUUGACCAGAGGACAAGCCAUUGUGCAGUAUCUGGCCUUGGUGGAGAAUCUGCCCACGUACGGCGUCCAUUAUUACCCAGUAAAGGACAAGCAGGGAAUACCGUGGUGGCUCGGCGUUGGAUACAAAGGCAUCGGCCAGUAUGACCUGCAGGACAGACUGAAACCUAGAAAGUUGUUUCAGUGGAAGCAGUUGGAGAAUUUGUAUUUUCGGGAGAAGAAGUUUGCAGUGGAAGUGAACGACCCUCAGAGGAGAACAGAGACUAAGAAAACUUUUGGACAGACUGGCCACGUCAUACACACUUGGUAUGCCAGCCAUUCUCUGAUUAAAACUAUCUGGGUGAUGGCCAUCAGUCAACACCAGUUCUACCUGGACAGGAAGCAAAUCAAACAGUCAAAGAUGACCACGACCAGGAGCUCAGUAGACAUAGCUAUGGACCUCACUGAGAUUACAGCCCCAAGAAUCAAGAAGCUGUCGAACCUGGAAGGAAAGGACCGGUUAAUCAUGGCCAGCAAUGGGAGCCUCAUCUCAGCCGACUCUGCUGACUCGGAAGUCAGCGAGGAGCAGAAGAAGGAGAAGAUUGCAGAUUUAAAAAAGAAAGAGAAGGAGCUGCAAGACACUCUGACACACAAACUAAAUGAGCUGAAGAAUAUCUGCAUGAGAGAAGCCGAACUCAUCGGGAGACUGCCCAAAGAGUACCCACUGGCAGCUGGUGAAAAGCCUCCACCGAUCAGACGCCGCGUUGGCACAGCCUUCAAACUUGAUGAUCUUUUUCCUUAUGAUGAGGACCCACAUCUGAGGAAUCUUGAAAGCAGAUUUGCUUUGCAGCAGAAAAUUGUAGAAGCCGCAAUCAAAUUGACCAAUGAGAGUGAUCUGUGCAAGACUGUGAGAAAGAAGCGAAGAAGCAACUGUCUGGAUGCCAUGAGGAAGCUGGAGGAGAUUGAGAAGGAGAUCAAUGCCUAUAGGGUCCAGAAGGGGAAGAAACCAACACAAAGAGCCUCCCUCAUCAUCGCCGACGACAUCAACCCAUCAGAGCUCAGCUCUCUGUCGGACAGCCUCACUCUUGAUGACGAUGAUGACUUCAGUACCCAAAGACAGCGGUCGAGGUCAGUCCAGUACUCCCCCAGACCACAUCAUGCAGACACCCUGGACAUCCACUUCAGCAAAGACAACCAGCACAUUGACAGCAGAUUUAACUUUGGCCAAACACAAGAGUCUCUUCAGUUCAGUCACGGCGAUGCCUUAUCAAGUCACAACAGUCCGUACAAAGCAACUUCCAGACAGCCACGUGACGCUCGCAGCAUGCCUCCCACCCCCCUACUUACCCGCAACGCCUACAGCAGCACACAGCUCAGAUCUGAUGAUCAGCCACAGCAUUUUAGACAGCGUAGUGGCAGUCUGGAGUCCCAGUCUCAGUUUUUAACAGAGCCCGAAGCCCCGGUCCCGACUUAUACGUUGUCACCAGCCCGUCGCAGCAACAGCACUGAAGUUCUGGACGACGGUUCGUCAUAUACCAGUCAGUCCAGUGUUGAGUACAGUGUCCCGGGCAACCACGCACACAGAAGGAGGGUUCGCGGCCGCCACAGAAAAGACAUGUACGCUAACACAGGUAGCAUGCCCAACCUGGCACAGCCCGACGCCCGCUGCUAUGCUUACCAACCCCGCCCUCGACCCACCACAACCGCCUACUAUGUGACGGGGUAUCCAAGUUACACAGAGCCAGAGCCUUACGCCGAUGGAGUUUACAUGUACGACAAUGAGAUGGAGGGACAUUAUAGUGUCAAUCCUCCCUAUUAUCCCCAACACAGCCAACUUAGCACCUCGGCUUAUCACAGCCACAACAUGCACAGCCACUACGCUGCUGACCAGUUAGAUGGGAUGUCACACAACCCGUAUGCAACUCUGAGGCCACCCAGGAGCCGGCCAGCACCACGAGGCAGCGAGCAGGCCACCAAGAACAUUCAGAAAGCCAUGGUGGCCGAACAUCUAAGAGGCUGGUAUCAACGCAACGCAGCACAGAAGCAGGCGGUUUACAACUACGACUAUGACCGAGGUUCUCAGCAGAGUCUCGGCUACCAGACGAUUCCAGCUCCUUUGAACCUCAACAGGAAUGUCUACUCAUCAGUCUCCUCAGUUGCCUCAAGUGGGAACUGGCACAGUCAGAUCAGCGGUCGAGGUAUGAUGGAUUACGACAUGCCCGUGCAGGCGCCGCAGUCCUAUUCCUACAGCACAGCCCCUUUCAACCACUCCACCCACAACAGAUCAUAUGUAGACAUCAACCAAAUGGACUUGUACACCAGCUCCGCCACACGCACUGACGUGGAACCCAACGACCACAUUUGCUGGCACGAGAACUCCAAACCAGGAACAAUAGUAUAGCGAUAUUUCUAUAUGUCACAUGACCAGUCGUCACUGUGCCUUACACUGCACUUACCAACCUAAAUGGGAUUUUGACAAUGAAGGACUUUAAAAGGAACUUGUGAAGACUUGUGAACGGCAAACGCACCGACACACAUCUCUACUUCCUGGAGAGUUUGUUACUGUGAUGGCACUGGCCCAUUGGACUUGUAGCUGUGGAGCUGCUCUCCACCGAGCACUUCAGACAAAGGCAAGAGGAGGAACUCGUAAACCUACCCAAAGUUCUUCAGGUUUCUACAGAAGCUGAAAGAGUGACUUCAACUACUUCUACAUGAAGGACCAGACGUACUGACGGAGCACAGCUCGAAAUGAAGGAUUUAACAGAACCGACGAGAGGCCACUGUCUUGAUCCAGACAGGAUCUGGCUCUAUUUCCCCGUAAUGAUCCCGGUGCUUCCUCAACUCACACCUUUUGACAAGUAUUUUAAGUUUAACGCCGUUGAGUAUUAACCCAGGGAGGUUACUGCCACCAGGAAGUUUUUCCACAAGGUCUUUUUCAAUCCAUGCAGGGAACAUGGAGUGGUGCUCCUAUUUCACUCAUGAGAAGGAAACUGUAUGUAAAUAUCUGUGUUGUUCAUACACUGGUUUUCUGUUCUUUGUUUUUUGUUUUUUUUUUUUAAGCAUUUUUAUGUUUUCCAAAAACAUGUAAUAUAUAGAAAAAAGCUGGUUCUUAGUCCUUUGUAAGAAAAUGUUUGAAUUAAAACAAUGGCAUUUAUCUAAGUAGUGAAAAGACUUUUUUAUCAUGGUGUAAAAAAAAAGAAGCCCACCACCCUCUUGAGUCAACAUGGGUGUGACCUUUAAGGGUUUAAAAACGGUUAAAAACAGUUAAGUAUUUAUUUUAAUAGCUAAAUGUUGAUACCCAGAUGAAAAAAAAUAUGUAUUGCUCUUUACUAAAUUUGAGCAGGCAAUGAUCAAGCUAUCAACGAUCCAUCAUGUGAAGGUGAAAUAGAGUGGUAUUUACAUUUAAUUGUUCAGUCUUGUUUUUAAAAAGUCCAACCUUAACCAGGACUCACAUUUAAACUGUACAUAUUAACAUGUCCACUCUUGGUGGGCCAAAUUUGGCCCCUGAACCUU